AUGCAUUCAAAAAAGUUAUUAAAUAGGCUAGAGCCAGUUAAAAAAAUUAAUAAAGUAGAUGAAGAAAUUUAUGAAUCUAAUAAAAAUAUGAUUGAUAUUAAUAAUAAAGUAGUUAAAAAGACAAAUGAAGUUGCUAAAGAUGAAAUAUGA